CAGACAUGAAAAGGAUGAAUAGCAACUGGAAAGGAUUGCCCAGGACAGGGUUGGGUGGAAAGUGCUGGUGGACGGCCUAUGCUCCUCCACGAGGGAUAACAGGUAUAAGUAAGUAAGUAAUGUUUACUGAGGGAAACGAGCUGAUGACUUUUCAAAUGACCGGAAUAGUAAGGAAUGGAUCACCUUAACUAGGCAUUCGGAACUGUUAUAUCCACCGUUUAGCCACCUAAGUGGGACACUGACAGUAGUCUUAUAAAGAAAUGAGAAAAGGCAGGCAUAUCCAAAUGAAAUCAAAUCUACAGGUCUACCUAAUUUGUAGACCAGUCCUUCCUCAUAUUUUUCACUUCCGGGUUUACGAAAUUUUGAGAUUAUUUAAUGAUCCCGUUUAGUCCUUUUAAUAAAUCACUCGAAAUACUGAAAUAUUUUCGUGCAUAUUUGUGUUUUUUUUAACGGUUCACAGAUAAUUAAUGAUGAUUUCUACGGACCAAGAACUCAAAGUCUCUCGCAUGACAAAAAGAUCGCAGAAUAAAAAACUAUUCGGUCGCGAUAACUACAAGUUGCGUGAGUUCGUAUUGCAACCAUAUUGUAUCCGGUAUUUCGAAGUUAGCGGUGGAAAUCGUGGUAAAGAGAAAGGUCAGCUCCUUCUCAGUCAUGUUAAGUUCAUCGAGAAAGUACAGGAUGAUGAGCUUGAUAACAAAAAGAAUGCUUUCCAGGUUGCUUAUGCAGAAGAUGCGAUUUCCAGCACUUGGUAUCUCCUGUAUAUUGUCGCAAAUUCCGCCAUUGAACGAGAUGACUGGAUUAGUCUGGUCAGAUUUUAUACACGUGAACGAGGAGCUUCUUUUCUGCCACGUUAUCAUCCAGGUGUUUGGAAACGUCCUGGUAGAUAUAGCUGUUGUGAUGACAUCAAUCGUCGAUCUAUGGGGUGUCAGCCUACUAAUGAGCCAGGUCCAUCUGUGGUCAUUGAGCAACUUUGGCGCACAGCUACGGGGGUCGACUCAAAUAACUGUCAACCUCAAAUUCCGCAGGCUGCAACGACAGCUAAUAUAGUGACAAAUACACAACCUUAUCCUGUUUCUACUCCUCAAUUAGUUACAAUGCAGCUUAAUUCAAACGUGCAACUUACGUCUAAUCCACUAUCCGUGUCCGAUUUGAAUUCGACCAACAUAACUUCCACUUCAGCUUCAUUUAUACCACUUACUUCCGCUGUCGGGUUGCCUGUACUUCAUCAAACACCUGGUCUUUCAACUCCUGUCACGGGAGUGUUAAUGUCUACCACCGUUACUAGUUCGAUUUCUCCUUCAACCUUAUUUCAAAUACAACAACAACAACAGCUUCUACUACAGCAGAAACAACAACAGCUUGCUAUGCUUGCAAAUAACAACGCAGGUCAAUUUUCCCAUUUAAAUAAUGCAUUGCGUCGGUCAGGAAUGAAUCAAAAUAGAGGACAUUCCUUACGUUAUAUUCAGCCAACUUUUGAUAUGGAUGAAGGAGAAAAUACAGUUAUUGCAGUGUACAACUAUAAUCCUGUAAGGGAAAACCAACUGCCUUUACAAAAAGGUGAAAAGUAUUACGUAGUCAAUCAAAGUAAUGCUCAAUGGUGGUAUGUUAAGAAUAUGACUGGUCAAUUGGGUUAUGUUCCUACUAAUUAUGUUCAUAAACCAAACAGUCUCAAUUCAUUUGAUUGGUAUUACAAAGAUAUUACUAGGCAACAAGCUGAAGCUAUUUUACUAGACGAGAAUCGCGAAGGUUGUUUUCUUGUUCGAGACUCAGUCAGCAAAAAGAAUACAUACACUUUAUCAGUUACUUCGAAAGACCCUGAAGCACCAGGAAAAUUAAAAGUACAUCAUUAUCAUAUCCAUAGAACAGAGUCAUCAAGUCUGAAUGGACACAUGAAUGGAUGUGGUGUUGGUAGUGGUAGUGGCAGCAACAGUGGUUUAAAUUCUACUGCAUCUGUUGCUGCUACCAGCAUUACAAUAACAACAACAACAACUAAUACCAUUGUAAACAUGAAUGGUUCAACUGGUACAGGAUCGAAUACCCCGAAAGUUGGAUCAACCAUUAAUGGUGAAGCACAAUAUUAUUUAUCUGAAAAGCACGCAUUCCCUACAAUCAGUGAUGUCAUACAUUAUCAUAAGCAUAAUUCUGGUGGAUUAGUUGUUCGACUCAGAUCACCACCGACCAAAGAUCGAGAAAGUCCUGUCACAGCUGGGAUGGGUCUAGAUGAGUUUGAACUCGAUCCAGCUGAACUUCAUUUAGAAAGAGAGCCAAUCGGAAAAGGACAAUUUGGAGUUGUGAAACGUGGCAAAUUCCGUAACAUUCCGGUAGCUGUAAAACAAAUGGUCGAAGGGGCUAUGAAUGAAGACGAUUUUAUUGAAGAGGCUAAAAAUAUGAGAUUCCUUAAUCAUCCAAAUCUUGUACAGUUAUUUGGUGUUGUAUUGAAAAAGCGUCCAAUUAUGAUUAUCACUGAAUAUAUGAAACAUGGUUCAUUACGUGAUUUUAUGCGACAGCGUCAGACACAGUUUUGCAAUCGACCAGUUGUUAUGUCUGAUAUUUGUGCUCAAGUAGCAAAUGGAAUGGCUUACUUGGAACAAGAACAAUUUGUACAUCGUGAUUUAGCAGCACGAAAUUGUUUAGUAAAAUCAAUUAAUCAGAAUUCAGUUCACGUCAAGGUAGCUGACUUCGGUAUGGCACGUUUCUUACUAGAUAAUGUAUAUGAACCAAGUGCUGGGACAAAAUUCCCUGUUCGUUGGGCACCCCCUGAAGUAUUUCAGUCUACUUAUACAGCUAAGGCAGAUGUAUGGAGUUUCGGUGUACUUAUGUGGGAAGUGUUUACCUGCUGUUCAGAAAAUCCUUAUCAAGGCAUGAAUAAUACACAGGUCUACCAGUAUAUUGUUGGCGGUGGGCGAUUGCACAAACCUGCUGUAUGUCCUGAUCGAAUUUAUGUUUUAAUGCUUGAGUGUUGGCAGCAUGAUCGUAGUAAGAGACCAGCAUUUGAUUAUAUUUGUCAAAAAAUUGGAGGAUACCUUGAUCAAAACUGUGAGAAUUGA